GUAUUGACCAGCAUCUGCAGUUCUUUGUUUUUACAACAGGGUCCCCUUGUGUUCACCUAUAACUACGCUCUGUCCCGCCCCUUUGUUUUAACCAGCUCUUUCCCGUCCCCCUGCAGUGAGUCUGAAGGGUUCCGACCCGAAAUGUCACCUAUCCAUGUUCUCCAGCAUGUUGCCUAAACCGCUACGUUACUGCAACAUUAGCCUUUCUCUUGUAUAAAGCGGCACCUGCAGUUCCUUGUUAUCACUAUUUUUUUAAACUGAUAUUAUUUAGUUCAUAAGGCAGCCAAACCUCCCAGGAAUCACCAAGGUUGAGAAAGAGCCCUAUCAUCAGUGUUGAACAAGCCAGGAGGAGCAUUGCAGACGUGACCCCAUAACUAGGCGACCGUGGACACGGAUGAUCCUCGGUAGCAGAUCCGCACUGUCCGACAGGUCACCAGCACCAAUGUCCGCACUCCUUGAACUUGGAAGAAGAAAUGCCCAUCUGCUGUAUUUCUGAGAAGAGACUACAAAUUGCAGAGUGAGCUGUUGGGCAGCGAGACUCAUUCUUGAAUGGAAAAAGUUCAAGAGCACUGUCCCUGGAAUGAGCUUUGGCCCGAGAAGAAUCAAUUCCCUGUACAACUGAAAACUUGCGUAACUGCUUUUGAUGAAAGAAGUUCAUCGUUUGACCCUCUUGCCGAAACACCGUUGAUCUGAUCAUCUGAGAACGCAGCGUCGCCGAAGACGGGGUGUUCAAUCGUUCCACGUGCGGGAAACUAUCCGUCUGGUCAUCCUACCCACUGAUACACCAGCACGAGGCCGUCCAACUGUGCUGAGUGUAGAAAAGAUUCACUCAAGUCUUUCAAUAUGAUGGCCAACGGGCAGUUUCACACCGGAGACCGGCCAUUUGUGUGCCCUGAAUGUGGGAAGAGCUUCACUCGGCCGUCGGGUCUGAAGGCACACCAGCGGGUUCACACUGGGGAAAGGCCAUUCACCUGCUCCAUCUGCUUGGAGGUAUUCUCUCAGUCCAAAAAUCUGACGGCACACCAGCGAAUUCACACGGGGGAGAAGCCGUUCAGCUGCUCUGAGUGUGGGAAGGGAUUCACUUGGUCAUUCAGCCUGGUAAUUCACCAGCGGAUUCACAGAGGAGAGAAACCCUUCACCUGCUCUGCGUGUGGAAAGGGAUUUUUUGAUUCGUCCAGUUUGACGAAACACUUGCGAGUCCACACUGGGGAGAGACCGUUUGUCUGCUCUGAGUGUGGCAAAACAUACACUCGGUCGUCCCACCUGCUGAUGCACCAGCGCGUUCACGCCGAGGUGAGACCGUUUAUCUGCUCCGACAGUGGGAAAGGAUUCGCUCGAGGAUCCCACCUGCUGACGGAGCCGCAGGUUCGCACGUUCACCUGCCCUGAGUGCGGCAAGGCGUUCGAUCAGUCGUCCGAGUUACAGAAACACCAGCGAGUUCACACGGAGGUGAAGCCGUUCAUCUGCACUGAGUGUGGGAAGGGAUUCCGUUUGUCAUCUCGGCUACUGACGCACCGGCUAAUUCACACUGGGGAGAGGCCAUACGCCUGCGCUGCAUGUGGGAAGGGAUUCAUUCAGUUGUGUCAGUUACAAAAGCAUCGGCGAGUGCACACUGGGGUAAAAGAUUAACCCAGGAAGAACCCUGUUCAGUACUUCAGUUGGAGUUUGUUUCUGAUAGUCAGUAACCCCUAUAACUGGGCUGAAGGUUAAUAUUCUGUAUCGGUGAUAAAUACAUUGGAUCUGCUCGAAACA